AGACGCGGGGGCGUUUCCGGCGGAGGUGGUGGCUGCUCCUGUGUCUGUGGAGGUGGGCGUGAAGCCCCUCGGCGGUGUUCUGGCUUUAUCACCUUAGUGGCAGAGUGUUAUCAACAGCACUGAGCACAGAGCCUGACGUACUGGUUCUGCACGGAGCCUUCACAUCCGACACGUGGCAAUGGAUUGGCUAGGCAGUAUUGUGUCUAUCAACUGUGGAGAUAGCCUGGGCGUCUACCAGGGAAGAGUAUCAGCAGUGGAUCAGGUCAGCCAGACCAUUUCUCUUACUCGGCCCUUCCAUAAUGGGGUGAAGUGUCUUGUACCAGAAGUCACCUUCCGGGCAGGUGAUAUUACAGAAUUAAAAAUCUUGGAGAUACCAGGUCCUGGAGACAACCAGCAGUUUGGAGACCUUCAUCAGACAGAAUUAGGCCCUUCUGGUGUUGGGUACCAAAUGAGUAUCAAUCAGAAUGGAACAGGCAAGGUGGUCAAGAAGCCAGCCUCUUCCAGUAGUGCCCCUCAGAGCAUCCCUAAGAGGACAGAUAUGAAGAGCCAGGACGUUGCCAUUUCUCCUCAGCAGCAGCAGUGCUCAAAGAGUUAUGUGGACAGGCACAUGGAGUCUUUGAGUCAGUCCAAGAGCUUCCGUCGUCGGCACAACUCCUGGUCAUCUAGUAGCAGGCACCCAAACCAAGCAACCCCAAAGAAAAGUGGUUUAAAAAAUGGCCAAAUGAAGAAUAAAGAUGAUGAGUGCUUUGGAGACGACAUUGAGGAGAUCCCAGAUACCGAUUUUGACUUUGAGGGGAACCUAGCCCUUUUUGACAAGGCAGCUGUGUUUGAGGAGAUCGACACUUACGAGAGGAGAAGUGGUUCCCGUUCUCGGGGUGUCCCAAAUGAACGGCCCACUAGGUACCGUCAUGAUGAAAACAUCCUGGAAUCGGAGCCAAUCGUGUACCGGAGGAUCACAGUUCCACACAGUGUGAGCAAGGAGUUCUGCACAGACUCUGGCCUGGUAGUCCCAAGUGUUUCCUAUGAGCUACAUAAAAAACUGUUGUCUGUGGCCGAGAAGCAUGGGCUGACCCUAGAGCGGAGACUUGAGAUGACUGGUGUGUGUGCCAGUCAGAUGGCGCUGACUCUCCUUGGAGGACCCAACAGGUUGAAUCCUAAGAAUGUCCACCAGAGGCCUACAGUAGCUCUGCUGUGUGGGCCCCAUGUGAAGGGGGCUCAGGGUAUCAGUUGUGGGAGGCACCUAGCCAACCAUGAUGUGCAAGUCAUCCUCUUUCUGCCCAACUUUGUCAAGAUGCUGGAGUCUAUUACCAAUGAACUGUCUCUCUUCAGCAAGACCCAAGGUCAGCAAGUGUCCAGCCUAAGAGAUCUCCCCACCAGCCCUGUGGACCUGGUUAUCAACUGCCUGGAUUGUCCUGAGAAUGCCUUCCUGCGGGAUCAGCCCUGGUACAAGGCAGCUGUGGCCUGGGCCAACCAGAACCGGGCACCAGUGCUCAGCAUAGACCCUCCUGUACAUGAAGUUGAACAGGGCAUUGAUGCCAAAUGGUCCCUGGCCCUGGGCCUGCCGCUGCCACUCGGGGAGCACGCAGGUCGAGUCUAUCUGUGUGACAUUGGCAUUCCCCAGCAAGUCUUCCAGGAGGUCGGCAUUGACUACCACUCACCCUUUGGCUGCAAGUUCGUCAUUCCCCUACACUCCGCCUAGAGGCUCUGGGCAGCUGGGCCCGUAUUCCCUGCACUUCCGCCGCCAGACCCACCAAGGGACGCCUUAAGGAUGUGAAGCUUUGUGGACCUUGUAGACUAUCUCUUGGGUUUAUUUCUUCUGUGAGAGAACAAAACACUUAAAACUUGCCUGCCACCUGCCCUUAACCAGGGAAUGCUUUCCCACUGGCAUGUAUGUCGGGUAGACCAGUGGCUCCAGGUAGCUUUCUAUCCUACCCUGCCUCCAUUCAAUUGGGGCUUUGUUUACAGACAUAGGCAGCUCUAAGACUGUUUCCGGUUUACAGCCACUGGGCAUGGGCUGGCACAUUGUGGGGUGAGCUGUUAGGGCCUCCAGCCACUCUGAUUUCAGAAGGUUUUGUGUUCUAUGCUUCCUCUGGCCCUGCAACCAGGCACACACUCUUCUGUAAUCAUGUAGAUCAGGCUGCAUGGCAGCUACCCAGAAGACAAGCCUGUGCUGUCUCUGCUUCCCCCCAAAGCCACCAGAGUUUGUUUGGAAAACUUUGGACCCUCCUCAGAUGUCCCAGUUUUAUGUAGGGACUUUUCCUGAAGAUGAUGAUGACCAUGGUGA